GCCUACCAUAUGUGGGUUUUGGGGGAGAAGGUGCAUGUGACGAUUUCUUUGUUUUAAAUUCCCCAAAGUGAUUUGACAGACUAUCCACACGGAGACGACGAACAACACCUUCAACCUUCUCGAUUGACCUCUGUUUUCUCCUCAGGAUUCACACCCCCAUACUAAAAGUCCUGUUUGUGAUCCUUCCUAAGAAAUGAUUUAUAUUCAUGCAAUCAAAGUGUAUGUAAUGCCAAUAGUUGAAUCAAAUCAUUAGCACUGAUUUUGGUUUUCUUCAAAGAUGGAGCUUAUAUUAAUACUUCUUCUACUUGUAAAUUUCCAUUUAGUAGCACCUGAUGCUCAAGGAGAUGCACUUUUUGAAUUGAGAACUUCACUCAAGGCUUCACCAGAUCAACUCACUGAUUGGAAUCAGAAUCAAGUUAACCCUUGCACUUGGUCUAAAGUUAGUUGUGAUUCAAAUAAUAAUGUUUUUUCUGUAUCGAUGUCUUUCAUGGGCUUUACAGGAACCUUGUCACCAAGAAUACAAGUUUUGUCAAGGCUAACGAUACUUUCUUUACAAGGGAAUCAAAUAACAGGGGGGAUACCUGAAGAAUAUGGAAACCUGAGUAGCCUCACAAUGUUGGAUCUUGAAAGCAAUAAAUUAAAUGGUCAAAUACCAUCUUCACUUGGAAAUCUAAAAAAUCUUCAAUUUUUGAUCUUGAGCCAAAACAACCUUGAAGGAUCUAUCCCUGAAUCACUUUCAAGUCUUCCAAAUUUGACUAGCAUAUUACUUGGUUCCAACAAUCUGAGUGGUGAAAUACCUGAUCGUUUAUUUCAGCUUUCUAAAUUCAAUUUUACAGGGAACAGGUUGAAUUGUGGUUUUAAUAAUACCCAUCCUUGUGCUUCCACUUCUGGAGAUUCUUCAAAGAAAUCAAAGGCAGGAAUUGUGAUUGGGGUUAUUGGUGGAGUUCUUGCCCUUAUUUUGGUUGGAUGUUUGGUGUUAUUUUUAUGGAGGGGUAGACACAAAGGCUACAAACGUGAGGUCUUUGUUGAUGUUGCAGGGGAGGUUGACCGAAGGAUUGCAUUUGGUCAACUGAAGCGAUUUGCAUGGAGGGAACUCCAACUUGCGACUGACAAUUUCAAUGAAAGAAAUGUGCUUGGACAAGGAGGUUUUGGGAAGGUUUAUAAAGGAGUUCUUGGGGACAAUACAAAAGUUGCGGUCAAACGGUUGACUGAUUACGAGAGUCCAGGUGGCGAUGCGGCGUUCCAACGUGAGGUUGAGAUGAUAAGUGUGGCGGUUCACCGGAAUUUGUUGCGGCUCAUUGGGUUUUGCACCACCCCAACCGAGCGGCUGUUGGUGUAUCCCUAUAUGCAAAACCUAAGUGUUGCAUAUCGCCUAAGAGAAAUCAAACCUGGUGAAGCUGUAUUAGAUUGGAUGACAAGAAAAAGAAUAGCAUUAGGAACAGCUCGUGGACUCGAAUAUCUUCAUGAACACUGUAACCCUAAAAUAAUCCAUAGAGAUGUAAAAGCUGCAAAUGUAUUACUAGAUGAGGAUUUUGAAGCAGUUGUAGGUGAUUUUGGAUUGGCUAAAUUGGUUGAUAUUAGAAAAACAAAUGUCACUACUCAAGUGCGUGGGACCAUGGGACAUAUUGCCCCUGAGUAUCUUUCCACAGGGAAAUCUUCUGAAAGAACAGAUAUUUUUGGUUAUGGGAUUAUGCUUCUUGAACUUGUCACUGGUCAACGCGCUAUUGACUUUUCAAGACUUGAGGAGGAAGAUGAUGUCUUGUUGCUUGAUCAUAAAGCGCUCUUAACUUCGUAUCCUUUCGAUCUUGUUCGUUCGUACGCCAUCAACUUCGCUGAAUUCAUCGCCAUCUUUCUUUUGUUUAAGGAAAGGAGACAUGAAGUAGCUUCAUGGACAUGGGAUGCUCAAGAUGAGACAUGUGGGAUAUGUAGAAUGGCUUUUGAUGGCUGUUGUCCUGACUGUAAACUCCCUGGUGAUGAUUGCCCACUAAUUUGGGGUGCUUGCAACCAUGCUUUCCAUCUUCACUGCAUUCUGAAAUGGAUAAAUUCACAGACUCCCCAGGCACACUGUCCCAUGUGCCGGAGGGAAUGGCAGUUUAAAGAAUGAGUCUCCACCGGAAUUGGAAUUCCAUUCCAUUCCAUUCUCAUUUCUCAAUGCAAAUGACUAUGUAAUUCAAUCCCUUUGUCAUUGACAAAAUCGAUGGAAUUCAGUUGUAAUCUUCUUUCAUUUCUAUAAAUGAUUUGAUACAGGAAAGCACAAAUGAUUGAAAUGCAUUUUGUAAACAUAUUAUUGUUAUUAUGUAAUUAAUUUUUGGUAGUUUGCUUUGUGUUGAUAAAUUUAUGCUAUUAAAUUGGUACAAUUAUUUUUUUUGCGUAAAAAGUUAUGAACGGGAAACUAAAAAAAUAAUUUAAAUAUUU